GUGCCUGCAUCUACGCUAACCCACCAUAUUACCUGUGUUGUCCAGUUGACUCAGCAAGAAGAAAAUCAGGAUGAAUUGAAGAGGAGGAGUUGGAUAAAUACAACAUCCCGACAAAGGUGGAGUCGGAGAAGUACAAAGUAAUUCGCACCUUCAGUUUUCUCAAGAGCAGGAUGUCCAGUACGCGCAACAAGACCAAGACGAAGGGGAAGGACAGAGAGGCCAAGGAUGGGCAGCUUAAUGGACAUCGGUUUAACACCGGGUCCUGUUUGGGCCCCACCGUGUGUGUGGUGUGUGAGAAACCGGCAUCUGGAAAAGACCUGCUGCAUUGCUCCAGUUGUACUACUAUCGUCCAUAAGGGCUGUAAGGAAUCUGUCCCCCCAUGUUUGAAGAAACUUCAGGAUAAGUAUGCCGUUACCACGGUGAAAAACAGGACAGCAUCCCUCCCACAGAAUUUCACAGUGAGGGACAGUCCUCCUCAGUGUGUUGUCCCCAUCUCUACUUCUCUACCUGUCAUGAAAGACACGGCAACCCACCUAUGCCUACUCUCUGGAUCUUUCCCAAACAGUGACAGUCAGUUUAGUGAGAGUUCACAGAAAGAGUCUGAUGUCGGGAAGGUGACCAGCCGAUCAGAAGAGCUCCUGACGACUCCAUUCUCCUCGACUUCCACUGACUCAUCCUUCGGAGAAGACUGCGUGGACGCGUGCAUCCACAGUGACAUCUCGGCCGAUGCUGUGGAUUACGAGGCUGAGUCGUGGAGUCUUACUGUGGAGCACAAGUUCUGCAAGAAGCAGGACAAACGAGCUGUCAAGAGGCAGGAAGUGAUCUAUGAGCUGAUGCAGACCGAGCUUCACCACCUACAGACGCUACACAUCAUGGCCGAGGUUUUCCGGCGAGGCAUGAGGGAGGAAGUGCAGCUAGAUACAGAAGCGGUGGAGCGGGUCUUCCCAUGUCUGGACCAGCUACUUCUCUUCCACCACGCCUUCUUUGCCGCCAUGAAAGAGCGGCGACACAGCUCCGCCCAGCCCCAGGGACACAGUAACUACCUCAUCCAGCGAAUAGGGGACGUCUUGCUUCAAGAGUUUUCAGAUGAGAAUAGCGAGAAAAUGAAGCAGGUGUAUGGAGAGUUCUGCAGUCGCCACAACGAAGCGGUCAGCUUUUUCAAAGAGCUCCAGCAGCAUAACAAGAGAUUUCAGAACUUUAUUAAGCAACAAGGUAAUAAUUCUUUGGUGAGACGGAGGGAGAUCCCAGAGUGCAUUUUGCUGGUAACCCAAAGGAUUACAAAGUACCCAGUGCUCUUAGAGAGGAUCCUAAAAUAUACUCAAGAGGAAACAGAGGAGCAUGCAGACCUUUCAAAAGCACUGGUUCAGAUUCGAGAGGUGAUAGCAGCGGUGGAUCUCAGCGUCAGCGAAUACGAGCGGCAGCAGAGGUUGCAGGAAGUGUGGAACCGCAUGGAGAACCGCAGCGCAGCCAAGCUGAAGAACGGCCAUACGUUCCGCAAGCAGGACAUGAUGGGGCCGGGACAAACGCUCAAACACCAGGGCCUGCUUCUGUGGAAGACUGCCACCGGUCGACUCAAAGAUGUCUUGGCCCUCCUUCUCACAGAUGCACUCAUCUUCCUGCAAGAAAAAGACCAGAAGUUUACGUUUGCCACAGUGGAUCAGAAGCCUCCAGUCAUCGCACUGCAGAAGUUAAUAGUGCGAGAAGUAGCAAACGAAGAGAGGGGGAUGUUUUUGAUCAGCGCAUCCGCCGCCGGGCCCGAAAUGUACGAGGUCCACACAUCAUCCAAAGAGGAACGGAACACCUGGAUGAGGCUCAUUAGAGAAGCUGUAGAGAGCUGUCCGGAGGAAGAAGAAGAAUACACAAGUGAAUCUGAAGAGGAGAAGCGAGCUGCCGAGGCCCGGAUUCAGAAGAUCAAUAAGUUACAAGAGAGUCUGCUGAGCCAAGACCAGCGGAUCUGCUCCAGCCUGGAGGAGAAGCUGCAGGUCUACGCAGAGCUCGCUGCUCUGAGUGGGAGGAUGGACCGCUCGCUAGUCCCACCGCGCCUGCUCGUCCAGCCGCACUCCGAGGAGCUGCCCCAGGCCACCGUGUUGCUGGCUGCAGCUCUGCAAGAGGCUAAGAACCUGAAAGCAACACUGUCAUCCAAGGCCUGUUUUCCAUCGAGCCCCAGCCCGGACUCGGACACCGACUCUGUGUUUCCUGUCAGCCCCGCUACGCUUGUAGAGCCCCCCUCAGACUGGCUCUCAGAGGCCCUUGAGCUUCAGUCCCCACCUCUCUUGCAAAAAACAGACACAAAUGACAUCGACUUUAAGAUUGCUCAAAGUGUCCAAAGUCUGACCCAGUUACUCUACAGUCUGCAGGCCACAGUGACCAUCCAGGACAGCUGCUGUGAGGUCCAGAGGCUCCUUCUCCAAGAGACUGGGCGUCCUUCCCCUCGCGGCCAGCGGCUGCACCUUCCGAGUAUCCGGGGCAACACCCUACAAGAACAGGAGAAGCAGCGUAACCUGGAGAAGCGGAAGGAGGAGGUGGUGGCGGCUCAGCGGCUCCAGAACCAACUGCGCCAAGAGAAGGAGCGCUGGGAGAGGGAGUGCCAGGCCAGGGAGAGCCAGCAGGGGGAGCAGGAGAGCAGGCUGGAGGAGAGGGAAAGGCAGUGCCUCCUGGAGACGGAGAGGCUGAGGCGCGAGAGGGACGAGUUGGACGAGCAGCUGGAGGAGUACCAGCAGAGCCUGGAGCGGCUCAGAGAGGGCCAGAGAAACGUGGAGAGGGAGCGCGAGCGUCUGGAGAACCAGCAAAAGCUGCUCCAGACCUGGAAACACAGCCGGCAGAGGAGUCUGCCCACUGUGAUUCCUCCUAUGGUCAUCCCUCUAGAUGGGCUGCAGGACUCGACACCAAGUCAGUCCAGAGACCACGCCGGUAACGGCUCCGUGUUUGUGAAUGAGGCAGCUUUUGCCGGCACCAGCGUCAACAAUCGCGACGCCCACCAUAAAAGAAAUGACUCCAACGCGCACAAUUGUCUCAACACCCUGCUGGCAAGAUCCAACAGCAGACAUGGCUCCAUUGCUAAGGCUCCCCACCAUCCACACUCGCACUCCCAGGGGUGGAUGAUGGGGACAGGAUACCUGUGUAGCCCUGCAGGGAGGCUGGGGCUGCAGCAAACAGCCACUGAUCUUGACAGUCACAGCUACAUCGGCGAGACCUGGUCGUCAACAGCAAGUGGAGUAAACCCCUAUCCGGUGCUCCCACAUCCCUGUGACCCUCAGCUGGACCUCAGUGCACUGGUUUCCUUGGAGACUGACAGCGGAGGGGAGGAGGGCAGUGAGGAAACCAUUGUGUACCUCUGAAUGUUGAUACAUUUCAGACUCUAAACAGCCAACCCAGCACUUGGAAAAAAAACAUUCAUGAAGCAUCAGAAUUGGAUCCAGGGUUUGCUUCAGAAAGCAUUUCUCUCUAUAACAGUUUUUUGUUAUGUUUUUCUUUUCUAUAUUUGAAAGAUCUUUUGUGGUAUUUUUGUAAUUGUAAUUUUACUGGAAAUACAGAGAGACACAGAGAUAAAGAAGGUUGUUUCAGACUCAAUCUCACGUGUCAUGCACCUUAGCUUGAGGCACCACUGGGUGUCCUCUUUAGUGUGUGUGUGUUUGUGUGCGUGCGUGCGUGUGUGUGUGCGUGCAUGUUUGUGCGUACGUGUGUGUGCGUGUAGUCUUCAUUGACUGGGUCCCUGCAGCUACUCCUUCUUCUCUUUUCCCGUCAUUACUUCUUACUGACCCUCCCUUAGUGCCUUUCUCAGGUUACUCACAUCUUGUCUCUGAAUGCCAUAUUUGUUCAAUUUACGACAAAAGAGGAGAAAAAGCGUGUACCCAGUAGAAGCUGGCUGUUUCUCUCUAGCGGGUGAUUGUCUUGCCAUGGAGCAAACUGCCCCUCUUUCAUUUCUCAGACAGGCUCUGUUAAUGUACAUAACCCGAAGCACAGAGUUGAAACAUGAGGUGCGACAGCAUCAGUCAUGCUUUUUUUAGACCACUGCCUAUAGCCAUCAUUAAUUUCUUUUUAUUUAUAGCGUGUCUAUCUUGUUAA